CUUGGACAUAACUUCCAGCUUUGGAUAUCAUCAGUCAGCAUGCUCAAUCUCCAAAGUACAGACUGUCUUAAAUAGAAUAUUCCUUUUUCUCAGGAAAUGCUCCUCCUUAGUCAGCAUCUUCUAGUGUAUUCAUCUAAAUAUCUACAUGAUAUCUUGGAUGUUCCUACAUUUGAGUUUUGCACAUGUUGUACAAGCUAGCUUCUCAUUAUCCUUCAACAUGUUAGCUACUGUAAAUAAGAACUAUGCUCUCACCUGCUACAGGCAAUGUCAGAGCAAUACUUUAUUAUCUUAUUGUAAAGCUUCUCAAACUAUAUGAUAUGGUCAGGGGAUUUGUUACCACUGCUUCUUUUGUAAUUCUUUAAUGCAAUAAAAGCUCUCGUACUCUCCUCUUCGAGUAAAUCGAAUCUAAUUUGUUCCCAAUUUUGUUCAUAUCAGCAUUUGAUCCAAUUUAUGCAGAUAAAAUGAUGCACACUGCUUUCAGUACACAGCCCAUCACUGACAGGUAUACAGCUGGCCUUGCUUUUUCUUUGAUAGCUCCUUAAACAUAUGCCAACUUUCAUAAUCCUUCUUUCUCUUAAAUGCUGAUUCAACAUUGCUGUCACAUGAUGGAAACUUUUUUCACAUGAUGCAAACCUUUUUCGUCUUUAGUCUCUAACACCUCAGGGAACACAUCAGUGUGUGUGCCCUUAAAUGUUCUUCUUUAAUUCCAGGUUAGCUGAUAUGCAACUUUCAAUUCUGCUACCCCUGUUAGGCUAUUCUUACCUGAAUUAGGUAUGUUGUCUCUACUGGUCACUAAAGAUAAGAAAAGAAAAUAUAAUUAACAAUGUCAGCAUAUUUAACAUGACGUGUCCAACAAAAAUCUGUAGGCUUUCAUUGUUUACUACUUUCUUAGCAGAUGCAUAAGACAUUUUAUAUCCACCCAUCUUUUUUUGCUUUCUGUGUAACAUAAUUUUUUUUUGAUAAAUUAUCAAAAGAAGAUAUGCACUGCAAACAGAAGCCCUUGGAUGUUGACGUUUUUAUCUUUUCAAAUCACCUAAAAUAAAAGUGUCACAGCCUAAAAAUAAGUCUAGAAUACUUAAUGCUGGAAGCUCUGGUCAAAAGUAUGCUUUGAUAAAAAGCUUUAGUCAUAAAAGUGAAAACUCAAAUAAACAGUUGGAUUAGCAAGUAAUAGUAAUAUUAAUAAACAUAAAAGUAUAUUUCGAUGAAAUAAGGAAUUAAGUCAAACAUUAUUCCUUUGAAAAAACACACGGUCUAACAAAUGCAUAAACUUUGCAUUUUCAAGUAAUGUCACUUUUAUGCCUUUUUAUUGUAAAUAGUUGCAUUACUAGUAGCUACAAAUCAGUCUACACAUAAAAUUAUUUGUAUUUGUGUUUAUUUAUUUUUUUUAAUUUUUAUUCUUACUUGUGUAAUGUAUAGCACUUGAAGAAAAUUAUUGGAUUGUCUGUUUAUGCAUGAUCAGAAUGAAAAUCGUUUAGUACUUGUUGACAAUGUUAGAUUCAGUGUCAUUUAUGUCUAUAUCAACAUGUAUAGUUACAAAACAAUGCUCUUUGACAGUUUUCUCAUUGCAAGCAAUAGAAAAUAAAAUAACUUUAGGUAAGCAUAUUUGUUAACUAAUUUUGUAAGAUGUAAUAAUAGAAAAAGUAAUUCUAUGUAGUCCAGGUUUUUUUUAAUUAAUUUAAUAAUAUUUGUUUCUGUUUUUUAAACAACUUGGAGACCUUUUUAGUGUUGAUAAUUUUUAAAAAAAAUUGUUUCCACUAUAUUGUUACGAAUUUGAAAUAUGAAAAAGACAUCAAAAUAAAUUUCUUCUUGUAAUGUAACUAUUGCCUUAAAUGUUUAUGGUAUAGAAAUUUUCUACGCGUCUUUUUUCUGUAUGAUUAUGUUAGUGUAUAAACCGAUAGCCUGAAAUGAAAUUUACUAUUGGUGUUGACGUGGGUGGCACCAAUACAGAUGUGGCAAUUAUUGAUGGUACCAAAGUGAUUGGUUGGAGCAAAUCAUCUACCACAGAAAAAAUAACGGAUGGAGUUAUUAAUGCAAUUGAAUCUGCAUUUAAGAAUGCAGUAGUGAAUGGUUACAGCAACGUAAAGGAAAACAUCAAGAGGGUAAACAUAGGGACGACCCACUUCAUUAAUGCUGUCAUUAAGCGUGAAAACCUAUCAAAAGUGGCAUGUGUACGUUUAUGUGGAGAUGCUUCUCACUGUUUACCGCCUUUCGUUGAUUUUCCAGAAGAUUUGCAGGAGCAAGUUGAUGGUGGUUAUUAUCUGUUAGAUGGGGGAUUUGAAUUUGAUGAAAGUUUGAUAGCAGAAUUAAAAACAAAAGAGAUUAUUAACACUAUCAAAGCCAUAUCAAAUGCUGGAAUAAAACAUGUGGCAGUUGUUGGCAUAUUUUCUCCAACAAAUCCUAGCCAGGAAAAAGUAGUUGAAGAACUUUUAAUGCAGGAGUUUCCUGAAGCCACGUACACAUUAUCUCAUCAGCUUGGCUAUCUAGGCUUAUUGGAACGUGAAAAUGCUACCAUUUUAAAUGAAAGCUUGAAAGUCUUGUGCCAAAAAACCAUAGCUGGGUUUAAAAGUGCCAUGCAAGAUAUUGGAUUGAAUUGUUUGGUAUAUUUUACACAAAAUGAUGGUACGCUUAUAAGCGAACAGCAAGUGUUGAAGUUUCCCGUGUUUACAUUUUCCUCUGGUGCAACAAACAGCAUGCGUGGUGCUGCACAUCUGUCAUCACUCAAAGAUGCCAUUAUUGUUGAUAUAGGUGGUACAUCAACUGAUGUGGGCGUUUUAAUGAAUGGCUUUCCACGAGGUGCUUCAUCCAGAGUAAAGGUUGGUGGUGUUAAUACCAACUUCAGAAUGCCAGAUACUAAAUCAAUUGGGCUCGGUGGUGGCUCCAUUGUUAAGAUUCACGACGAUCAGACUACUUGCUCAGUCGGUCCCAGUAGUGUUGAAUAUCGUAUAACGGAAAAAGCGUUAAUCUUCGGCGGUGAUACAUUGGUUACGACAGAUGUUGCAGUCGCGUCUGGUCGUGUAGAACUUGGCAAUAAAGCUAAUGUUUCACAUCUUUCGGAUGCAACAAUACAAGAAGUAAUGGGAGUGAUUCAAGAGAAAGUAGAAGCAGCUGUAGAUUCCAUCAAGUUGAGUGGUGAUGUUUGUCCAGUUGUGGUGGUCGGUGGAGGAAGUAUUUUGAUUGAUGCGGAGAAACCCUUCGUCGGUGCAUCUUAUGUUGUAAAACCAUCUUUUUAUCAGGUUGCUAAUGCUGUCGGUGCAGCAUUAAGUAAAGUUAGUGGAACAGUUGACAAAUUGGUAACCAUAACUGAAGCUAAUCCCAGAGAAAGACACAUUAAAGAUGCAAAAGAAGAAGCCAUUGAAAUCGCUGUUCAAAAUGGUGCUAUUAGAGAUACGUGUAACAUCGUGGAUGUUUCUGAGAUAGAAAUGUCAUACAUGAUCGUGCCAUGUGUGAGGCUGCAUGUCAAAGCUGUUGGAGAUUUAGAAUUGGAUAAUGCUGACAAUACAAACGAGGUGCGGGAAGAAAAAGCACCUUCUAAGCUUCCUGCCACAACUUUCAAGGUUAGCCAACAAGAGAAAAAGCAACGAUCGGUUGCAGGGAAAGGUGAAGUCGAACUGAAAGACCAUGUGGAAGUGUCAAAUAUACCCGCACUAACACCAGCAGGAGAGUGGAUCCUAAACCUUUGGGACGUAGAUUGUUUGGCUAUCGGUGCGGGUAUAUUAGGUUGUGGUGGUGGUGGUAGUCCAUAUCUUGGAAGAUUAAGAUUGAAACGAUGUGUGGAGAAAGGGAUGAAAGUUAAAAUUAUUCAUCCAUUGAGCUUGAAAGAAGACGAAGCUGCUUAUUGUGUAGCAUUUAUGGGUGCACCAGAAGUGUUGAUAGAAAGAAUUAGUAAUGGCUGUGAGCUUAAACAAGCAGUAUCUGUUGCAUAUAACCUGCAAAUGCAUGGCUUUAAAUCUGGUAUGAGCAAAGAAGAUAUUCAACAACUUGCUGAUGAGAAAGGAUUGAAGUUAGAACACGAUGAAACUAAGACUACUGUAAAGCUACGAAAUUUGGAUAUUGAUGGAAAACCUGCAGCAAUAGGUCUGUGUGAAAUUGGAGGUCUAAACGCAUUAGAACCUUUGAUAGCAGCAGCUGAACUUGGACUCCCUGUGCUUGAUUGUGAUGGCAUGGGUCGAGCAUUUCCUCAAUUGCAACAGUUUGGACCUUUUAUAAAUGGAACAUGUCCCUACCCAGCUGUAAUCACAGAUCACCAUGGCAACUAUGUUUGCUGCGUGAAAUGUGCUUCAGCAAUGGAACUGGAAAACUUCUUUAGAAAGCAUUGUAUCAGUAUGGGAUGCUGUGCAGGUGUGAUGGUUGCUCCUCUAUCAAGCAAAGAUAUUCAGACGAAGACAUGCUUGUUCACUUUGAGCCAGGCGUGGUAUUUAGGAAAUACUAUUCUUAACGCAAGACAGCUUCACAUGUGUCCAGUUGAAGCAAUCUUGAAGGAAACGAACGGUAUUCUUCUGUGUCAAGGAAAGAUAAAUAAUCUACAUAGAGAGACAAAGGAUGGGUUUACAUGGGGCAAAAUUGAUAUUGAAGGAAGUGGCGUGUACCAAAAUAAAAACAUGACUUUGGAAUUUCAAAAUGAAUUUAUAGUAGCGAAAUCAUCCGAAAAGAUUGUAGCAACAACUCCAGAUCUGAUCACAUUGGUUGAUACUGACACAGGGGAACCAAUUACAACUGACGAGUUAAAGUACGGACUGAGAGUAACGACACUGGUGUUGCCCUGCCCCCCAAUUAUGAAUUCUAAGAAAGCGCUUGAAUUUGUUGGUCCGAAAGCAUUUAAAUACGAAAAUGUGGAGUAUCAUCCGUCUUGUGAAUACGUUGCUUUCGAACCCAUCCCGAGAUUAAUGAAAAAGUAGAGAAAUGUAUUACUACUUGUGAAAAAUUUGAUAAAUGCAUUUUAAGCAUUUUUUUCUAAAUUUGAUAUUUUUUAAGAAUUUUGAAACUUUUAUAACUUUUAUAACUUAAAAAAAUACUGUAAAAGUCUUUUUUGAAAUAGCUACUAUCUGUACAUUAUUGUUUUUACAACUUUAAAACAGAUACAAAAGGCUAACAGCAAAAACUUUUUUUUUGUACUUGACGAAUGUUUUUCCUUGAGGCCAUUGGAUCCUCAUUAAAUACAAAUUUUAGAAUUCACCUAAGAUUUUAUUAUUGUGUUGUUGGUGUUUGUCUGUUUUGUCUCAAAUGCAUUUUAAUGUAUAUGUAUAAUAAAUAUUAUGAAUUAUUUUGAUGUAUUCUGUAAAAAGUACGAACCCUUCACCAACACUAAGAACCUACGAACCUGUGUUCUGUAGUCUACUGUACUGAAGUAGAGUACUGUUAAUCUAUACUAAUGACUGUGUUUAAGUUACAUUUCAAAAAUAUAAUAGCCUUUAAAUAAAAUAUCAAAAUCCAAUUCGUUACUUUUAGUUAGCCUAAAACGCCAUACUGUACAAAUCUGGAAAAUACCUAAUUUAUUGGAAAUUAAGAAUCCCAAUUCACUUCUAAAUAAAACCGUAUGUUGUUGGCAAGCGAGUUUUUUUAGGCUCUUUGAUUGUCUUAGCGCUCUUUUUUAUUUUUGUGGAUGUAAAUAUUUUUUCCGAAGAUGAGAUGAAAAACAUUUAAUAAAUUAGCAUAAAGAUAAUGGGAUAUAUUUUUUUAUUCUUGUUGAUGUGGAUAAUUUUUUUCGGAAUAAAAUGAAAUUUAAAAAAUAA